CACUCGACCAAAGCCAACCUUACAACUACACACUUCGCAGCACAGCAACUCCUGACUAGCCUCUUUUCCCAGCUCUCGAAACCCCUUCUCGGCUCAUCGAACCAGCCUGCACGACCAUCAUGUUCCACCCAACCCGCGGCGGCACCCGUGGAGGGCAAGCCGAAUUCUCUUGGGAGGCCGUCAAAGCGGACAAGGAUCGUGAGGCCUACCUAGGCGCUUCUGUUCACGCUCCUCAGGGGCGAUGGCAGAAGGGAAGGGAUGUGAAUUGGUACAACAAGGAGAAGAGCAGUAUUGGCGGAGAGGAUGAAAGGGAGAAGAGGAGGGAAGAGUUGAGGGAGAUCAAGAGGAGGGAAGAGGAGGAGAUGCUGCGCAGAUUGGGACAGGGUGGGGGAAGGUUGCCCCCCUCAAUGACUGGAGGCUCGUCUAAUGGGGAGCCAAAGGUGGGAGACAACCUCCUCGGAGGAUCGAGGAACGGUACUGGCCCACUUGCAUCAGGCAGCUCAACAGGCGCGAAUCGCGCUCACCUUGAUCCAUCAAAGGCGAGGAGGUGGGGUGGUGGGGAGGAUGCCGGAAGUGCAGCAUCAAGAGGGGCAGGUGACGAGGAUGACAGUGAUGGCGCCACCUCGGGACUGACAAAGGAGGAUAAGGCCUUCGCUCGUAAGCUGGCGCACAAGGAGGCAAAGAACGCUAGACAUGAGGAGAGGGAGAGGAUUAGGGAGGAGAGGAGACGAAGGAGGGAGAGGGAGGGGGAUUGGCACAGGGAUGAUGAGCGUGCGGACGAGAGGGACAAAGAUAGGAGGAGGCGGGCUUCAAGCUCCCGUAGCCACGAUGAUUCGCCACGUAGGCGCAGUCAACCUCAUCACGAGAGGAAGGAGAGGGGAAGCAGGCGUCGAUACGAUGAGGACGAUGGACGUUACCGGUCAGAUGCGCGACAUCGUAGCCUCAGCCGCAGCCACUCGCCCGACAGGAGGCGAAGGUAUGAUCGCAACGAGGACGGCAGAAGAGAGCAACACAGCAGGCGCAGAGACGAGCGAUCCAUCCGGCCGCGAGACGAUCGCUCGCCGUAAGCAUACUACCCUUCACAAUCAAUCGACAUGUGGCUUAACAUCAUCCUAUUCACAUCAGCGUCAACAUCAUGCCCCUGCUGUCUUUCCCUUAUUCUUCUUCCUCCUACUCUUUUUCUGCUUCUUCGACCCGGUCGCCGUCGUUGAACCCGUCCCUCUGUCCUCCUCGAGGUCAUCUCCACGAUCCUGAUCAGCAAAAGAUUCGUCGAGCAAGCUUGCCUCCAAAGAAGCAUCGUCUUCUUCAUCCUUGAAGCUCUUCGGCUUCCUGAAACCCUCAUUCCCUUCU